GGUCCUAUGCGGGGAUGUCCCACUGAAAGAGCACCGGACGUCAUCCGCUGUGCUUCCGCAGUGGCUCGUUCUUCGGUUGGCGGCGGCCCAGCCGUCGAGUCACCACCGAUUUGCAGCCUAGGUGCUCUGAUAACGCAAGCUAGGUGAGCCCGGUGCCGACUGCGGACAGCUUGUCUCGUUGCCUAUUGCUCUUUCUCGCAGUUUCACACAACUCUCUCUCUGACUCUGAUCUGACUCUUCCAUUUUUUGGCUUGCUCUCCUCCUAGCUUUACCGUACAGCUUGUCCACCAAUCUUUCCAGUCGUAGGCCAAACGAAUCACAGAAAACCGUCAGAAUGGCCGACAUUAGCGACGCCGAGCUCCGCGAAAUCUACGACUUUGCCAUCCAGUUGGGCAAAGAGGCGGGAGAGAUGCUCAUGACGGCGGCCAAGUCAAGAUGGGGAUCCGGAGGCGAGACGCAGGCAUUCACAGAAAAGGAUAACUCGGUUGAUCUGGUGACCAAGACAGACACAGCACGGUGCCCGCUCCUAGAAGUUGAAGCUUUCAUUCACACAUCCGUCGCAAAGAAGUAUCCCAGCCACAACUUUCUCGGCGAAGAGACAUAUUCGGCUGGCGCAUCGCGUGACUACCUUGUCGACGAACGGCCGACAUGGAUUGUUGACCCCCUCGAUGGCACCGUCAACUUCACCCACCUGUUCCCAAUGUUCUGCGUCUCCAUCGGAUUCGCUAUCAAGGGCAAGCCCGUCAUUGGUGUCAUCAACGCCCCCUUCUUGAACCAGACGUUCUCGUCGCUCAAGGGACAUGGUGCGUGGAUGAACGAGACACAGAGGCUGCCGCUCGUUCUAAACCCACUGCCCGCCAAUGCGCCUAGCGGCUGCGUUUUCUCCUGCGAAUGGGGCAAGGAUCGUCGAGACACACCGGACGGCAACAUGCACCGCAAGGUCGAGAGCUUCAUGAACAUGGCUGCCGAGCGUAAGGGACGCGGUGGCAAGGGUGGCAUGGUGCAUGGCAUGAGGAGCUUGGGAAGUGCUACUCUGGAUCUGGCAUACACAGCAAUGGGAUCAUUUGACAUUUGGUGGGAGGGCGGAUGCUGGGAAUGGGACGUUGCUGCAGGCUUCGCGAUUCUUGAGGAGGCCGGUGGUCUUGUAACAAUAGCCAAUCCUCCCGAAGACACGAGCGUCGUUCCAGAAGCGAAGCUCGGCGGCAGACUUUACCUCGCUAUCCGACCCGCAGGAUCGACCGAGACCGAGACGGCACGAGAGGCGCAGGAAAGAGUAGUGCGGGAGACGUGGAAGCGAGUAAGAACGUUGGACUACUCGAGACCCGGUGCGUGA